UGGCCGGCGGCCAGCCUGGAGCCUCUCUUUCGGUGCUGGGCGCGCUGGGCGGAAAUGGGGGUGGGCGCAGCCUUGACUGGAGGGGCGUCUCCUGCGCGGGGCUGCCUGGGCCUGGGACCCUGGCAGGAGGCAAGCGGGAGUCCGCGGAGUACGCCUCGCGCCAGGCCGGCUUAUUUAAUGGGGGGAGGCCGGACGCUUAGCCCCGUGCGGGUGCAUCUUGGGUCCCAGAGCUGGAGCAGCCCGCGGUGCACGUGUGGACCCGGGCGCAGAGCCGAGUACUGCUCCUCGAGGCCCCAGGCCUUGGCCCGGAGGGCUGUGACCUGGACCGGCUUCGGCGUCCCACGGGCAGACCUGUCGCUGUCAUCGCCCGGAAACCCACAUUGGAGAAAAACAAUGUCGAGAUGUUUUGAAUCAUGGCAUGGGUUCCUUGGAUCUCAUCCAAAGUGUUGAAGAUGACCCCCUUCUGGACACCCAGCAUCUCCCACGCCACUCAUUACAUGCUCAUUUUAGGCCUAGAUUCCACCCACUUCCCACAGUCAUCAUAGCAAAUCUUCUCGUACUGAUCCAUGUUGUGUUUGUUGUUUUGGCCUUUUUAACAGGUGUACUUUGUUCUUACCCCAAUCCAAUUGAGGACAAGUGCCCAGGGAACUACACCAACCCCUUGAAAGUCCAGACAGUCAUCAUCCUUGGCAAAGUUAUUUUGUGGAUUCUACAUUUCCUUCUUGAACGAUACAUCCAAUAUCACCACAGCAAAGUAAGGAACCGAGGCUAUAAUAAGAUCUACCGGUCGACCAGGCAUCUUAAAAGCCUUGUGCUGAUGAUACAUUCCACUGGCAGCACUGCUCUUCUUCUCCUGCUCUGCCUCCAGCACUCCUUCCCGGAGCCCAGCACCCUGUACCUGGACCUCAUUCUGGCCACCCUGGCCCUGGAGCUGCUCUGUUCCCUGACGUGCCUGCUCGUGUACACAGUGAAAAUUCGAAAAUUUAAUAAAGCCAAGCCACAGCCUGAUGUACUAGAAGAAGAAAAAAUCUAUGCUUACCCCAUCAAUAUGACCUCAGAGACGGGAUUCAGGACUCUCUCAAGCCUGGAGGAGAUUGUGGAGAAGCAGGGGGACAUCAUCCUCUACCUGAAGCGCCACAAUGCACUGCUUAGCAGGCGGCUAUUGGCCCUCACGUCUUCUGACCUCAGCUCUCAGCCAAGUGGGAUUUGACAGCAACUCUAGAGGAGCCCGAGUAAUUUAAGACUGACUGCCUGCUCUUAAGACUGAAUGCCUGCCUGACAAGCUGUCCCAGCAAACUGCAGCUUUGCCAAGUAACAGUCUACAAUUGUUGUUGGAAACCUGAACUUGGUUCUCACCUGCUUGGACGUUUAAUAAGCAGGACCCGUGGAGUGUUUAAAGGGCACUUUGUAGAGCCUUUCUAACUCAAGGGGAAGGUCUGUUUGCACAUUUGAAAUUAUUGCACUGCUUGGUUUAUUCCAGGAUCAAAGGUAACAUCUCUGAGCAACUCUCCUUGCAUCCUCCUUAGCAGCCAGUAAUCAUUUGGUGUUUUAGAGAGGAAGUCUGACAUGACAAACUGUUUAAAGUGGGGCUUUGAUCAAAUGAGUUUUUCCCACUUUAUCCUGGUGAGUGAAGACAUUCUUUUCUCCUGGUUAGUGUUUUCUCCGCUGAGGCCAGGUGGAUCUUGUAUGCAUGUGUGGUACCGAGUGACCUUGGCCCUUGGAUCCUUUCUAGUGAAUUUCCUCGCUAUAGGACCAAGGUCCCCAUAGGGGAUUUUCUUUGCACCUCCUGUGGGUUUCCAUUCUCCAGAAAUAAGACUUGAGGAUCACUUGCACCGGAGUUAGGCCCACCAGUGCUGGCUGUGACAGCAGCAGCGCCUGCCACUGGCAGCAGCUGAAAUACUUAGGGAAGACUUCAGGCUUUAACUUUCCUUUGGCCCUUUUUCAAGACAUUGCCGUGUAUUUCAUAUUGACUGGACUGUCAUUGGAUCAAUAAGUUCAGGGACAGGAAAGGAGUCUUUUGUGGCUUUAAGUUUGUCUGAAAGAAAAAAGAACUAAACAGUAUUUAGUCCUGGAGUACCCCCCCC